ACGCCAAAAAAAAAAGGUGGUGGGAAAAGGAACGGGAAAUAUCAUGAAGAGUUAAUUUCAUUUGAACAAUCACUUUUUCAACUUUGAUCUAUAUAGAGAGACAGGAUUAUCUGGUGGUACAUUAGAUAGUUCAUUGCAUACAGCUUCGAUUAAUAGAGUGUCAUAGUCAGGGUUCGAGCUAGCACGUUACGUCAUUUUGUGGAUUUUUGUUUUGUUUAUUUGUUUGUUUGUGUUAUUAUAUUAAACAGGGGUGGUGUGUGUGAGUGUGUGUGAGUGUCAAUAAGUUUCAAGUUUAUUAAUAAAUCAUCCUUCUACUUUUGUCAAUACUUAUCAGGGACUUCCUAUACUAAUCGAUCUAUCAUUGUCCAUUUUGUAUUAGUCUUUAACUCAAGUUAAUUGUUGUCAUUUCAUUUCCUUUCCUUUUUUUUUCCAUUCCUUCUCUUUGCAUCGUUGAGGUCAUUCAAUAUAUUUGAAAGUAUCAAAAGUAAAUCAUGAGUAGUGGUAAACCAACAACACCACUAUCGUCACCAAAGUUACAACAGACUACAAGGUCAUCUGUAAGGCCCUCAACUCCUCCAUUGCUUAGUACGACUGGUACUUCAGGGUCUGGUAGUGAUAAGAGAACAAAUCGUAAUUCCGCUCAAUAUUUAAGAACUCCAGAACAAAGUUCUGAAGGUUCAGUACCAUUUUCACCAUCAUUAAAAAGGACUAAUUCUGGUAAUUAUAAAUCUCCUGAUUAUAAAUUAAAUCAUCAAAACAUUAGUUCCCCUUAUAAUGCAUCAAAUUUAUUAAAAACACCAAGACAUACUGGUUAUGAUUCUGAUGAUAAUUCAAGUUCAAGAAGAACUAAACUUCAAAAGACUCCUCAAUUCUUUUCAUCUGCUAAAAAGUUAUUCCAAGGAGGUGAAGAUGGAAGUCCUAACAAGGAAGACCUUUCUGAAAUAAGUCUGCAAUUGAAAAGUAAAUUAAGUUCUGCGUUAGGGAAGAUACAGCGCGAUGAAAGUAAUAAGAUUUCAUUUACGGAAUUAAAUUUCGAUUCAGAAUCUUCUCCAACUAAGAAAUCAAAACCAGUUAAUGAACCAUCGACAUUUUCCCCUUCAAAAUCUUUACAAAGAGCUAAUUUAAAUUUACAAACUUUACAACAAUCUCCUUUACCAAAGACAUCUAAUUCUAAUACUACAUCUCCAUAUUUACUUCAAGGAUCUCAAUUUUCUCCUUUAAAACAAUCUCCAAUCUUGCAUAAUGAAAAUAAUGAUAGACCUAAUCUAAUUAAUCUACCAUCUCCCGAUGAAGAAUCAAGUGCCCAUAAUGCUUUAUUAGCAGCCUUAUCAAGACAAAGAAGAAAAUCCAGAUCUUCUUUCUCCCAUAAAAGAAGACCAUCUAUAGUUAAUAGUAUAGAUGAACCUAUACAUUCAUCACCGUUAAUAAUUCAACAACAUCAACAACCACUGCAAAUUUCCCUGCAGCCACCUAUUCAAUCUACACCUCCACCAUCACAUACUAAUCAUCCACAACCGGUAAAGCUACCUCCUUUAAAUAUCGUAUUGGCAGGAGCCACCGGAACUGAUGAACAGUUCCAAUCAACAACUGCAGGUCCUACUGAUUCAGAGAAACACUAUGAACAAGAUGCUAUAUUAUCGUUGAUGUCCUUAUCAUCACCUCAGGCUCAUAAGUUUGGUCAUAGUAGAAAUCAUAGUUUAAAUAAUAAUAAUAUUAUCAAUUCGCCAGUAUCUUCACGGUCAUCACUGGUUAUAGUCCAAAGUCCUGGUCCUGUUUAUACACAACCAGUACAACCACCAGUACCAAUUUUACCACCAUUAUCAAGAAUGGUUGGCAAUGAAAAGAAACGAAUAAAGAAUAAGCAUCAGAUCCAUGAUAACGAUGCUAUAGAUAGUGAUGCUACCGAUAUUGACGAAGAUGCUGAUGUUACCGAUGAUGAUAAUUCAUGAAUCGUGUUAUUCAUUUAAUUUUCUAAUUUCUUAAUUAAUUUCUUAAUUUCUUAAUUUCUUAAUUUAUUUAUUUAUUUAUUUAUUUAUUAAUUUUAUUUCUGUUAUUUAUUUAGUAACUCAAUUUGUCAACAUUACUUAUUGCUGGUUGCAUUUUUACUAGGUUAAAAUUUGAAAUUUCU